AGAACUGGCUUGUGUUUAAUAGUAUAAUAGUAUAGUACAGUAGUUGCUUUAAAUAUCGGUACUGAUGUACCGGUACUGUGAUCCUGGACCUGGCAUAACUCGGUACUGUAACCGCAUAGUGCGGCAUCGCCCACCUCCACCGAGCUCUUCGUCGCUCGAUGUUGUCUGACUCAUGAUUCGAUUCGUCCGGUCUGGUUCGAGGACGCACGCAGGAAGCCAGGAAGUUAUCGGUAACCGUCUGCAUGCACCUCACCGACCUACCUGGGCCAGUUACCGCCAACCAAACGGAGCAGCGUUUCCAACGAUGUCACGGUUGUUUCUGCCGAGCCGCUUCUGCGCCACAUGUCCCCUGCUGUCAGGCCGGGCGUCUCCGUUGUGGACGCCGCGAGCCGAAGCGCGAGGGAAGCGGCAGCAGCAGCGGUCAGACAGGCGCAGUGUUUUCACACAGCAACAGAGACGACGUGUCGGGGGGUCGGACGCAGCCUGCUCUAAAUACCGGACAAAGUCCGGGAUUUGGCUGUGCGGGGUUGGCGUGGGGGUUGCUCUGGCUGUCGGACUGAAAUACCGCACCGACACGGCCAACAGUUCGCCUGAUGGUCAAGUUGCGGGGGCGGAGAGGACCGGUCGAUACAGCGCUGCAGUUAAAGUUAGCAGAGACCUUUUGGAGCGGAUAAAGGUAGGCACAGAGGCUGAGGUGGCGGCUCCGGGGCUGGUGGUUGGGGUCUCUGUGGACGGUGCUGAGGUCUGGUGUGAAGGGAUCGGUUAUGCUGAUUUGGAGAACCGUGUGCCAUGCAGCCCAGAAACGGUGAUGCGCAUCGCCAGCAUCAGUAAGCCUCUCACAUCUGCAGCUGCUGCGCGACUGUGUGAGGAAGGGAAACUAGAUCUUGAUGUCCCAGUCCAGAAACAUGUCCCAGAAUUUCCCCAGAAACAAUUUGAUGGAGAGGAUGUCACAAUAACCCCUCGUAUGAUUCUGUCCCACCUAAGCGGUAUCCGACAUUAUGAGAAGGAUGCAAAGAAAGUGAAAGAGGACAAGGAGAAGGCUAAACGACUUUUAAAGCCACCAGGUAAAGAGAAGGAGGAUAAAAAGAGCUCAUCUGAAAACAACGAUAAACCCACAGCAGAGCAGGACACUAAAGGCAAAGACGCCCCUCAGGCUCAGAAGAAAAAAGAGUUUGAGCAUGAGGAGUACUACUUGAAGGACAAUUUUGAAAGUGUCACUCAGGCCUUGGACCUCUUCAAGGACGACCCGCUCAUUUUCAAACCUGGCACCACUUUUUUGUACUCCACCCACGCCUUUACCUUGCUUAGUGCUGUUAUGGAGCGAGCUGCUGGCCAGAGCUUUCUGGACGUCAUGAUGAACCUGUUCCGUGAACUGGGAAUGCGCAAUACUGUGCCUGAUAAGAAUGACCCUAUUAUUUACCACCGCUCCAGAUUUUAUCAUCUCAACAAGAGAGGACGCGUUGUUAACUGCCCGUAUGUCGACAACUCCUACAAGUGGGCAGGAGGCGGCUUCCUUUCCACUGUGGGGGACCUGCUGCUGUUUGGUAAUGCUCUACUCUACAGCUACCAGGUGGCCCACCUAAAGGACACUGAGGGCUUGCUGCCUGGCUUCCUCAAACCCAAAACUGCCAUAGACCUGUGGGCGCCAGUUGACAGGACAGAGGCCACAUGGGAUGAGGAUGGAAUGUAUGCCCAAGGCUGGCUGGUAGUGGAGAAGCUGCAGAAAUAUGGCCAGGGCAGGAAGCUCAGACACUACGUGUCGCACACAGGUGGCGCCGUGGGGGCUAGCAGUGUCCUCCUUGUGUUACCCAGUGAGGAGAUAGACCAGUGCCAAGGACAGAAACCCCUCCUCCCACAGGGAGUAGUGGUCACCAUCAUCACUAACAUGCAAUCUGUGGGACUCAGUAGCACAGCACUGAAAAUUGCGCAUGAGUUUGACAAAGCCAGGCGCUCUUAAGAACAAGUUGUUUUGCAUGUGUGAGUUUACUUUUUUUUUGAGAAGUAUUUUAGAUAAACCUCGUGAACUUUGAUACAGCUUUUCAAUAUGUCCAGAGGAUGUUUUAGCAAAUGAAAUAAAUCUUUAUUAAGUAUUUUAUAUACAUUUCA